UGAUCUUUAAUCGGAAACUGAAAAUCAUCUCAAAGCUUCACGUGACUUCGCCGGUUCCUCUCCCCCGUGAAAAUUUCCGAUGAGGAGGAGACGGCAUGAUUCUCCAUCACCUGAACGAAGCAGAAAGCCGUUGGAUCCCCCUGGUUUGAAAGAUCAUUUAUCUCGGACUAGUAGAAGAAGAGCUAUGUCUGAUUAUCCUGACUUAGAUCUUUCACCGCCGAGAAAAACCAAUGAGUAUGCACGGCGUUCUUCUGGAAAUUUGUCCAGAAGUUCAGAUUUGGAUAUUUCACCUCCAAGGAAAUCUCGAAGAAAAUCACCACAAUCUCCGCCAGCUAAGGAGCAGAUAAGAACUGGUUUAAUUUCCGGCCGUGAUAUCCGUGCUGAGAAUCUGAAAACCAAGAAGAAUGAGUUUUUGAGGUUUAAAGAAAUGGAUCCUAUGCUAACCAGUGAAAAUGCACAAGGGGUCUUCCGUGACAAGAUCACAGGGAAACGUAUAUCAAAGGAGGAAUAUUUGAGAUCAAAGAAAAGGGUUGAAGGAAAACCAAAGGAGAUAAAAGUUGAAUGGGGCAAAGGAUUGGCGCAGAAGCGGGAAGCUGAAGCUAAACUACGAGAACUUGAGAUUGAGAAGAACACGCCGUUUGCCCGGACCAGGGAUGAUCCCGAGCUGGACAACAUGCUGAGGCAUACGAUUAGAUGGGGCGAUCCCAUGGCUCAUCUGGUGAAGAAAAAGCAACCCAUGCCCGCUUUUCCAGAUCUGGGGGCCGACGAGAGAAUGAAAGAGUCGGGUUUUGCAAUACCUCAAGAGAUUCCUAACAACAGCUGGAUUAAGAGAGGAUUAGAACCUGCACGAUUCGCGGGUGGAAUCAAAUGUGGAAGACAUUGGGAUGGCGUUGAUCGAAAUAACCGGAUAUAAGAAACACUGAAACAGGUGUUCAAGAGAGGAUGAACGAGAAGAGAGCAACGGAAAGAGAAGUCUACCUAUGGUCUGUUUCUGUCAUGGGAUCUCAACAGAGCUACCAGAACGAACCAAGGAAUGGCUCUGGUUCGAUAUCAUGGAGAACCGAUCCGGUCCGGUUUAGGGGACGAGUGGAACAUAGAGUAGUAAAAGUAGGAUUCAUGAAUUAGCUUUAAGACCGUAUAUGCAUUGUGUAUAUCUAUUAUAUAUAUAACACAAUCACAUAUUACGUGCGUUAAUUUUUUUGGUGACUGUUUGAUAUUUACCACAUGCUAA